AUGCAUCGAGCCCGCCAUCCGCCGCCGCCUGUGCGUGCGCCCUACACACUUCACGGGCCGGAGAGGCUGCCCAGGAGGUUCCGGAGAGCGUGCGCCACCCAGCGGCCGAGGCUGUUCUUGGAAGUGCCGGGGGUCCGCAUUGGAGCGGGCGCGAGGGUCCGGGCGGGGGAGGGCGCGGGGAUUCCGAGCCUGUGCCGCGCUAGACCACGCUGUCGCCGGCGCCCCUCAGGUGGCCGCCGGGGCGGGUGCGUCCCCUCCGGGCCUGUGCCUGCCCUGCGCACCGCACUAGCGACCGCAGCCCCGGCGGCGGCGCGGCUAGGCCCCCGCCCCCAGGAGGCUCCACACACACCGAAUCCCGGGCCGAGGAGCGCGAGCAGGAAGGACGAGCGAGGGGCGCGGCGCGUCCUGCUCCGAGGCGUGCGUGCGGGCGGAGAUCCCGGGGACCCGAGCAGCGUGGGUCCCGCCGGCGAGCACCGCUGCCGGGCGCUGGCGUGCUCGGCUCCCGGCCCGGGGCUGGCCCGAGCGGGCUCAUCGUGGGCGCAGCAGAUCCGGCAGCGAGGAGGCGCCCUCAGGCUAUAA